GAGAGAUCCAAGAGAGUGAUCCAAGAAAGAAAAUGAGCAACGACAAAACACUCACCAAGAUUCCACAGUUUGAUGGUCACUAUGACCAUUGGAGUGAACUGAUGGAAAACCUCUUGCGUGCCAAGGGUUUGUGGAGUCUAGUGGAAGAGGGUUACACCGAACCGGCAGAGGGAAUCGAAGUGACUGCAGCGCAGAAAAGGAAUCUUGAUGAGUUCAAGAUGAAGGAUCAUCAAGUGAAGCACUACCUGUUCCAAGCAAUUGAUCGGGUUGUGUUUGAACAGAUCUUGAAUCGUAAAAUAUCCAAGAACAUUUGGGAUUCGAUGAAAAAAAAGUUUGGAGGCAAUGAAAGAGUGAAGCGGUCUCUUCUCCAAACUUUAAGAAGAGAUUUUGAGGUUCUUGAAAUGAAGAACGAAGAGAACAUUGAUGAUUAUUUUGGAAGAGUAAUGGUUGUCUCCAACAAGAUGAGAAGCAACGGAGAAGACAUGUCAGAUUCGAAGAUUGUUGAGAAAAUACUUCGAACUCUGACGGACAAAUUCACAUAUGUGGUGGUAGCCAUUGAGGAGUCAAAAGACACAAGAAAGAUGACGAUUGACGAACUGCAAAGCUCUCUGUCUGUACAUGAAAAGAAACUCAAGAAGAUCAAUCAUGAAGAAGAUGAUCAAGCUCUCAAUAUCAGAGGCAGAGGCAGAGGAUCAUACAGAGGUCGAGGCAGGGGCAAAGGACGCUCAUUCAACAAAGCAACACUCGAGUGUUACAACUGCCACCAACUUGGACAUUUCCAAUAUGAAUAUCCAAUUAGGUACAAUGGAGCACAUUUUGCAGAGAUCAAAGAAAAGGAUGAAGUUAUUCUCACGACAUAUGUGGAGCUUCAAGGCACUAAAAGAGGAGAUGUGUGGUUCGUGGAUUCUGGGUGUUCAAGCUUGGGAACAAUCACAAACUAA